AAGAUGUAAUUAGGUGACUGAAGAUACUUGAUUCAUGUCAGAGAGGAAAGUCCCUGUACUUUUAGCCUGAUCGGGCAAUGCUCUUCUAUACCCCUACCACACCUCCUUUUGCCUUUGGCAGGACCAUUUACUGGAAGAGAUGAUAAUGGGCCUGGGCUCCCUGUUGUUGGUCUACGUGCUGGGUCUGGAGUCCCCACCAGCCCUGGCUCAGGAUGACCCUAGGUACAGAAGCUUCCUGACCAAGCACUAUGAUGCCAAACCAUGGGCCCGGAAUGACAAAUACUGUGAAAUCAUGAUGAAGAGAAGAGGCCUGACCACACCCUGCAAAGACACCAAUACCUUUAUUCAUGACAACAAGAACAAUGGAGAACCUUACGGAGAAGGUUUAAGACGAAGCAAGUCUCUUUUCCAGGUCACCACCUGCAGGCAUAGGGGAGGGUCCCCUCGGCCUCCGUGCCAGUAUAGAGCUACCGCAGGGUUCAGACACAUCGUUGUUGGCUGUGAACAUGGCUUACCUGUUCACUUUGACGAGUCCUUUUUCAGUCCAUAAUCAGAGGCCACAGCUGGCUCUGCUCUCUUUUCCUUGCAUUUCUCUCCACAUCCCAGAAUGGUGGUGGCAACAUUCAUGGUCAGGGGCCCAGAGAAUGAGCUGCCUGGAUCUCU